UUGUGCACAUAAGACUUAUACCAUUGGAACUCGGCUUACGCCAGUUUUGUUGGUCCGAGUAUAUUUUUUUACAAAUUUUUGCCAUUUGUUAAGUCUGAGUUUUCACGAUUGUCAAAUACUGCAUUUAAUAGUUAGUAGUUAAUGGCAAAUUAUUUUUAAUGAGUUUAUAGUAUACUACUUGGCUAUUGUUAUGUAUUUGAAGAAAUUAUCACAUGAGCCGAUUGCAUUGCGAGAGCGAAUCAUUCAAAAUGGAACUGAUUUUGGACAUCAAUUCUUGGGUGUACCCGAUGGAUUUGGGUGAUAAAUUUCGUUUGGUUUUGGCAACUACUUUGCGUGAAGAUGGACAACCAGAUGCUGGUGAAUGGAAUCCUGUGGAAAUGGAACAAAAUGGUUCUAGAGCCGACAGUUUCGAAUAUGUGAUGUACGGUAAAAUCUAUCGUAUCGAAGGAGAUGACAAGGCGAAGGAAUCGCAUAAAAACAAACUUGCUGCAUACGUGUCGUUCGGAGGACUUCUAAUGCGACUCCUGGGCGACCCCAACAACUUGCACGGUUUUGAAGUGGACCAAUGUGUAUAUUUGCUCAUGAAAAAGUUGGCUUUUUAAAUAUUUUAUUUCUUGGUUAAUCAACCUUUUUAAAUGAGACUUUUGUUAGCAAAAUAAUUUUUAUAAGGUUUUUACUUUGUGUUCUAUCUAUUUUGUAACUAUCGAAUAAUAUGUAAUAAAGUAUUGAAUAGUUUGUAA